CUCCUCUCCAGCUGCCACGAGGCGCGGCGCGGCUCCUCCUCGAAGCGGGCGGAACCCCGGCCGUGCGGCGGCGGCGGAGGAGGAGGAGCGGGGGGAUGAUGGGGUGCCUGUUCGGCUGCUUCCGCGCGUCCGGCGACGGCGGCGAGGUGAAGGGCGGAGGCCGCGGCGGCGGCCGGCUCGUGCCCACGUCCCUGGCCCCGGCGACGAGCCACAAGGAUGCUGCGGCGAGGAGGACGAGGCCACCGUCGAGGAACGCACUCUCCGCUGUGUUCCAGAGAGAAGACGAGGGAGCCAGGGCGGAGCAGACAGCGAGCUCGUGGGCCGACCAGAGCGAUUGGAGGAAGGGGAUGGAUCAGGAGCUUGAACCUCAGGCUAUUAUACAAGAACACAAUGGUGCAUUGCUGGAAACUACAAAUGAAACCCAAAGGAUGCCCAAGAAUGCAGAUUCAGUCCAUCAGAAGGAAACACACUCAGGAUGUCUUCCUGCCAUAUCUGAUGAUGUGCAUUUUAUGGAAGCCCUGAAGGUUGAGAACUGUGAUACUCCUAGGUCUCAUCAGAGCUCUACUGAACCAGAUGCAAUGAGUUCUUCAAAAACAAAUGAUGAGUUGCAGGCUUCAGCUACUUCCCUUGCAACUAAUGUGGAAGAGUUGACAAAUGAGAACAUUACUGAAGCUUAUGCUCAGGAUGAAGAACACCAAACUUUAGAUCCUGCUGAGGAUUUUGAACACUGUGGGGUAUCAAAAGAAGAAGUCUUACAUCCUGAAUCAGAGGAACCAAAGUGUGCAAAGAAUGACAAUGUGGCUGCCAUGGAAAUUUCAAUAUCUGAUGAAUAUUCCCUGUUCCAGAGUUCCGAGGAUUCUAUAUCAUCCUCUAACAAGAUAAGAGACAGCGUGAACACACCAUCUAUGGAGAAGUCCCUGGAAACUGAGGCAACUAUUCAUGCCACCAGAAAGAAGGUACUGAAGAACAAUGAUUCAGAGCUGGAGCUCCCAAGCUUGUCCCAUUGGUUGAAGCCUCCAAAUCCUAAGAAGCCAUUCAGAGAUGAGCCCUUGACAGGCGAUAGGUCUCAUUCAGCUAAGAGUUCGGAUGAGGAGAGGCCUAUUAUUGGAAUGGUCGCAGCACACUGGAAAGAUAAAGAGCCAGUAAAUUUCACUCCUAAAUGGUUUGAUGGAAAUGGCAUCCCCAAUUCAACAAAUAAGUACAAAGAAGAUCAAAAGGUGAGUUGGCAGGCAACACCAUUUGAGGAGAGGCUUGAGAAGGCUUUAUCUGAAGAGAAGUUACUAUCUGAAAGGAACUGCUCGAGUGGAAAGCCGUCUCAGUUUUUGGGAGUGGAAGACGAUGAGAGGGAUACCGCUGAAUCCAACCGUCUAUAUGCUACUGCUUAUGCAUGAAAAGUUCUGUGCUCCACGAGUUACAGAAGCUUUCAGUCCAAGUAUAAUGUUUCCUGCUGUCAUGCUCCUUAUUGAUGGCAUUUGCACAGCCCUCUGUCCUCCAGUAGGUAGCAUCCGGAUGUGAUGUUUCAGUUGAUUGCUUUGUGCUUAUCUCAAUGGUUUAAGAUAAAAUUAAUGUUGAUAUAGUUGCUGCCAAGGUUCAAGUAUUGUUGGCAGCUUCUACUGUUCUAUUUGGCUUGCAGUGGUAUCUAUUGUUUUCCUGGCUUCCUGCUUGA